AUGAGUGAAAUGCAAAGUCGGCAUCGGCCCAACAUUGUACUCAUUCUUGCCGAUAACCUAGGAUGGGGUGAAUUGGGCUGCUAUGGCGGUAGCAUUCUUCGCGGAGCUGCAACCUCACGCAUUGACAAGCUUGCAACGGAAGGUCUCUUGCUGCAUAACUUCAAUGUUGAAAGUGAUUGUGUCCCAACAAGAUCCGCUCUGAUGUCUGGACGACACCCAAUUCGUACCGGCUGUCGCCAAUCCGUCCCAGCAGGGUUCCCGCAAGGCCUCACUGAAUGGGAGAAGACCCUUGCUGAGUGUCUUAAGACAAAUUAUUAUGCUACUGCCCAUCAUGGGAAAUGUCAUCUUGGUGAUAUUCCGGGUCGAUACCCUUCUGAUCGCGGAUUUGAUGAAUGGUUCGGUAUCCCGAGGACAACAGACGAAACACAAUUCACCUCCGCAUUGGGUUACACGCCUGAGGUUGCCUCAGAGAAUGUAUGCGUAUAUGAUUUGGAGAAGCGCCGGCUUAUCGACGAGAUGCUGGUUGAUCGAUCGAAGGAGUGGCUUACAAGGAAGGUCGAGGAGAAGAAGCCAUUCUUUCUCUAUCACCCUCUCGUGCAUCUUCAUUUCCUAACACUCCCUCACAAUGACUUCAGGGGAACGACAGGACAGGGAGACUUUGCCGAUUCAAUGGCUGAGAUGGAUUACCGAGUCGGACAAAUCCUAGACCACAUUGAUGAGCUUGGUGUCCGCGAGAACACCGUUCUGAUCUUCGCUUCUGAUAACGGUCCUGAAUUUCGAGAGCCAUACCGAGGUACAGCAGGCCCUUGGUCGGGGACAUACCACACUGCCAUGGAAGGUAGUCUACGUGUGCCCUUCAUCAUCCGGUGGCCAAAUCAGGUGCCCAGGGGUGCGACCUCCAACGAGAUUGUGCACGUCACCGAUAUCUUCACAACGAUUCUAUCUAUGACGGGGGCUAAAGUCCCAUCCGAUUGCCCAAUUGACGGACUUCAUCAAACUGCGUUUUUUAAAGAUCCUGAAGGAAUCAAAUGUCCAAGAACCGGAUUCCCAUUUUAUCUCAAAGAGGAACUACGUGCUAUCAAGUGGAAAGACUGGAAGUUGCACUUUGUAUGGGAGCCCAAGGUCAAUCAGUCGAGCGGGCGCCUUGAAAGUCCGUACUUGUUUAACACUGUGCGAGACCCCAAAGAGGAGCGGAUAUUCUUUCAUUCAAUACCUGGGUGCUGCAGCCGAUGA